AAAUAAUAUAAAUUGCAUUUGAAAGCAUAGGACAUUUCUGUACCUUUUAUUUCAUUCUUUGCUUUUUACCCCCUUUUUUGGUCUUUUAAGUAUGGACAAGGAAGAAUCUUCUCUAACAGAAAACGAAAUGGAUAUUCCCUCUGCUGAAUUACCAGAUGAUACUGCAGUUGCUGAUUCCAGUCAAGAAUCUAUGGCAUAUACGAGUUCUGAAGGAUUUUUGUCCGUUGCUUGUCAAACUGAAGAAUCCCCUGAAGCAAUUCUGAAGAAACAUGAAGAAAUGGAAGCGUUGCGGGAGUUCAAUGCCAGAUUAGAAAAGGAUAAUGAAAUUCUGAGGGAAAUGAUUAAGAAGAAAAAAGAGAAAACAAAAAAACUGCAAGAAGAGAUUGAAGCUUCCAAGAGAUUGCAACAAAUGGUGUUAAGUCCAGAAAAAUCGGAGACGGAAGUCGAUUUGGAAAAAGUUGUUGAAUUACUUGAUCGCCAGGCUCAUAAAAGAAAGAAGUAAUGAAAGAGAUAUGGUCGACGCUGAAGUAAACAAGAAUGAAAGGACUGAAAGCCACAUAAUUGAUGACUGUAUUUUAAUUUUUUAUCUCUACAAAAUAAAGUCUUUAUUUUAGUUGAUCCUC